AAAAUUGCCGAAAAGAUGCCUCAUAUGCAGUAUAUAAGAGUUCCUGGUCAUCCCAGACUCCUCCCCAUAGAGAUCGGACUAACACUCAUGGCCAAUAAGGGCCCAAGUGUACCGGAGAUAAUUAAACUGCUGGACUGGCAGGAAGACCCGGACCACUAUGUCAUGGUCUUGGAGCGGCCCAUGCCUAGCAUGAGCAUGUUUAACUUCGUGAAGCUCCGGCGAAGGCUCGAUGAGGGGAUGGCACAACAUUUUAUGCGGCAGAUCAUUCAUGCCGCCAAAAUCUGCUGUGAGCGUGGCGUCUUCCACCGAGAUAUAAAAAUGGAGAACCUCCUGGUGAACCCGGACACACUGGAGGUGAAGUUGAUCGACUUCGGGUGUGGUGCGCUCAUGAUGGACUCUGCCUACGUGGCCUUCAAUGGCACAAAAAUGUUCUGCCCACCAGAGUUCGAUGUCGAUGGCAGGUACCAUGCAAAGCCGGCGACAGUUUGGUCAUUAGGGAUCCUGCUGUUUGUGAUGGUGUGUGGGUAUUAUCCAGAUGAUAAAGACCUGCACAUGAUCAGUAAGAACGACUGGUCCAACCCUGACUUGUCACAAGAAUGCUGCCAGAUGAUUUGCUCCUGUCUGCAGUCGGAUCCACAGCGGAGACUUAUUCUGGAGGAGAUGCAGCUCCAUGACUGGUUUAAGGUCAUGGAAUAGGACAUGGAGAGCAACACAAAACAACUCCCUGUCACAGCCACUCUGUUGUUUUCUGUUUUCAGUCAGCUUUGAAUCUGGCAGGCUGACAUGAGUGGC